AUGGGUAAGCACCGUGUUGCGCUGGUGUCUGACUUCUUCUUUCCUGGGUUUGGGGGAGUGGAGGUUCACAUCUGUAGUGUGGCACAGUGCCUGAUGCGCCGUGGCCACAAGGUUGUUGUGAUUACAAGGGCGUACGGUGACAAGUGUGGGGUGCGUUUUUUCACCAAUGGCAUGAAGGUCUAUUACUUGCCUAUUUUGGCUGCAAAGCUUCCCCCUGGUUCAGUGACGCUUGCAACGUGGUUUCUGAGUUUCCCGUUGUUAAGAUCGGUGUUUAUUCGCGAGCGCAUAACAGUCGUUCACGGACAUCAAACGACUUCGAACUUGUGCCACGAGGCGCUGUUUCAUGCCGGUACGUUGGGCAUAAGGACCUGCUUUACCGAUCACUCCUUGUUUGGAUUUGCGGAUGCCGCAUCGAUUCAUAUCAAUAAGGUGCUGGAGUGGAGCCUGCGGAACGUAGAUCAGGUGAUCUGUGUCAGCAAUACAUCGAGGGAGAACACCGUGCUGCGAGCUAAGAUAGAGCCAGAGCGUGUUAGUGUCAUUCCAAACGCGACGGAUACUGUGGCUUUCACUCCGCCAGCGGACAUGAAGUACAAGUCGUGGGCGUCGAAAGUCGAUAAAGAUGGCUUGACCAUCGUUGUGAUUGCUCGUCUGGUUUACAGAAAGGGUUCCGAUCUUUUCGUUGACGUGAUACCCGAAAUAUGUAAGAGACAUCCAGACAUCAAGUGGAUUAUUGGCGGUGAUGGCCCUCGCAAGUCGCAGAUUGAGCAAAUGAUCGAACGCCACAACUUAAUGGAUCGCGUUAAGUUGUUGGGAUCUCUCAAGCACUCUGAGGUGCGGAGUGUGCUGACGCAGGGACAGAUAUUCUUAAACUGUAGUCUGACCGAGGCGUUCUGCAUUGCGUUAAUUGAGGCGGCGGCGUGUGGCAUGCUGGGCGUGUCUACACGGGUGGGCGGUGUGCCGGAGGUGCUGCCGCCCAAUAUGCUGCUGCUGGCGGACCCCGACCCCGCGUCCAUCACGGCGGCGCUGGAGGAAGCCAUUUUGCGGGUGCCGUACCUCUCUCCAUGGGAACUUCACGAGAACGUGAGACGGUUCUACAGCUGGGACUGGGUGGCGGAGCGCACAGAGCGGGUGUACGACAGGAUUCUUGUCACAGCAACACCAUCACUUUAUGAGCGUUUGAUGAACUACGCGUCAGUGGGAUUGCUGUACGGGGUUAUAUGUUGGCUGCUUUGCGUUACCGAUUGGCUUUUUCUUACGUUCCUCGACUACUGGUUCCCGGAAGACCUGAUCGAUAUAGCCCCUGAUUUCCCCCUCGAGCUGUACACCCGUAAUAGAGAGAAACUUAGUGCUCUUGAAAAGGGUGGCUGA